UCCAUCAAAUGUGAAUUAUAGUUAUCUUGCUGAUUUAUUAAUUUUUUUAAUUGUUGUUGGUAUCGUGACAACGGGAAGAUCUUUAGCUAAUCUUUUAUUUGAUUAUGCCGGUAGGCCCGAAUAUUGGGAUGAGUUAUAUGAGGAAGCAUCAACAUUUAACAAAGAAUGUAAUGGAAAAUUUACUUUAAAUGAUAUUAACAAAAUGACAAAAUUGGAUAGUUUCGUUAGAGAAUCUCUCCGGCAUACUGAUGAUAUAAUCAUUGUUCCUCGUGCUGUAACUACUGACCAUUUUAGUUUUUCAAAUGGUUAUACGAUUCCCAAAGGACGAAAUGUAUUUGACUUUUCAGAAGAUUGUUUGUAUUCUGAAUCACAAUAUGGACCAGAUUCAAAAUCAUUUAAACCAUUUCAAUUUGUCUCACAAAAUGUUUCAGCAUCAAAAGUUGAUAGAACUUAUGUGAUUUUUGGAGGGGGUCGUCAUGCAUGUCCUGGUAGAUUUUACGCUGUUUUAGUUUUAAAAUUAUUUUUAUAUCAUGUUAUAUUAAAAUAUCAUGUUAGAACUGAAAAUGGUAAUAUGCCAAAAAAGGUUAUGACUGGUCCUUUUGCUAGUCCACCUAAAGAAUCUUUAAUAUUUGAACGAAGAAAGGAAACUUAAUAUUAG